UCCUACAGUCGGUUGUUUUCGAAUUUGAAAAUGUGAGCCUACCACCUUACAGCUUUCCUGCUCCCACCCACCACAGCGACCCCACCCAUGGGAGACCACGUUGAGGUUGACGCCGCGCUCGUUCGAGCGGACGUGAACUUCGACCUGCAGCUGAGCCCACUAGGGCCAUUGCCCCUGCGCCAGCCCGCCACCUUCGCGCUCGCCAUCGACACGCCUCAGAAAGACCCAACACCUCCAGGAUGGGGUAUACUACCUGCAAGUGCUCAUGCACCACCUGAUGUGUACAUUGAGGCGGCGGUGGCCACGUCAAGGUCUCUUGCCAAUGCUCAUCCUGAGUACACUCCUGCCGUCCUGAGGGAAGCAUUGGCGUUGCAGCCAUGCCUGUCAAAAGAAACCUUGCCUACGAUGCUGAGCAUAGUGAUACCAUGGGCAGAAAACUUUUGUACAGUGUUCCUGGCUGAGCAAGAGAAGGUAUACCAGCUCAGAGUGCAGUCAUCGCAGCAAGUCAACGACUCCUCCUCUAAUCCCUGCACUCCACGGUCAGUGAGUGAGCGUGCAGAGUUUAACGCAUCGGCACGUUCGAUAUCGUUGAAUGAAAAGUACGUUGGAGGUGUGGGAAGUGGUAGUGCUGGAAGUAAUCAUUCAGCUGUAUUCGACAGCCCUGGAAAGGAAGUUCCUGGUGUGGGCUCUCGUGGAGGAUCUGGUUUACUGCUUACCUCAAAGACUGGCAAGGUUGUCAGUGGGCUCAAUCAAUUGCAACUCCUUGAAAGCCGGCUCAGCUUUGGCAGCUUUGCUGACAGCUUGGAUGGAUACUCUGUUGGCAGUGAUGGGGUUGAUACAAUGGAAGAUAUGGGAGUGCCCUCAGGGAAUGGGCACUCACAGUCAUUUGCAGGGAAUGUCCAAGUUAGUCGAUCACAGAUACUGCAGAGUGAGUGGAUGCUCCUGUGUGUGUUCCAGAUGACAAAAUUGUGUGGAUGGCCACCAUUGCAUGCCCACCAGCUUCGAGCGCUUUGGGAAGCAGUACUGUCAGCACCAGAACACAGCCGGGACCUGGUGGCUGUGUAUGUUACCGAGUUCUUGCUCCAUUCACAUAUGUCAGGUGCAGAUCCGCCAGAGUUCUCAGGAUACAUCCAACGCGGAGGAUCUACUGUUAACGGGUAUGGUCGAGAUAGUGCAGGCAGCUUAUCGCAGCAAAAGCACUCUGGAUCACGGCUUGGUGGGAGACCAAUCUACAGUCGAAGCAACAGUGCCUCUAGGGUUGACACAGUGGAUGAGAGUGGAAUGUCCGUGGGGUUGGAUCAGCGCCUUGCAAAGCUUGUUGUUUCAUACAUUAUGUCCUCUGCUAGCGGACCAUUGAUAUUUCAGCGUCUUCUUGCGAAUGUUCGGUCGUAUACAUUGGUUGCAGGCUCUGAUAACCGUGGUUCACUGUCUAUCGCCUGGGAAAGUGCCAGGUUUACUUCAUGGGCUGUAUCUGCUCAAGAGCACAGUGCCCUUGUCCUUCUAACUGAUACUGCAUAUCAACAGGACUAUGUUCUUGUUCCUCAUUUGCCUACUCUUCUGCAGUGCGCGAUUGUGCUUUUGCGGCCAAGAAUUGAGCAUAGGUGCCCAGAAAGUCAUGCCCUCAUUCCUUAUAUCGUGCACUCACUGGCAGUGCGAUGUGCCCCACACAAGAAAGUGAGAGAAUUGGCCCAGGAGUUCAUCAAUAAGUUCUAUCCGUCACGGGCUCCUCUGGCUCACAUUGCACCCAUUCCAGGAAUGGAACAUCAAGAACCUGGAGGUCCAUUGGAUCCAGAGGAGUGCCUAUCAACUCCGUUCGUGUUGGAACUGGUUUCCCUUCUCUCAUAUCACAGGCCUCGGCUGCGUGUGGACUGGGCAGAGAUGGCACUAAGCUGGACUAUUCACAGCACAGACAAGCGCAUAGUUUUGGACAGCCUGCGUGUCUUCACUGUUUUGAAUCAGAGCAUAUCAAUCAGCCUGCUUGCAAAGGUUGGACGUCUCUUGCUGGCUUCAAUCCGCAUUGAGGAACAUGGUGUUGCAGAUGCACUCCUGGAAAUAUUUGGGAAGGCGUCAAUGAUAUUGAAGAAGGAAACAGAGAUGCCAAGGUCCGAAGAGCCGUCAGAGGCACUUGCAAGCUCAUGGCUGGAGACGUGGGAUAUGCUUUCAAGUGUGGCUUUGACAGCCAUGACAUCACCAUCCAUUCGCAUUUUCCAUCGAGCCAUAACCCUUGUCGAAUCACUUUUCUGUCUCCAGAGUUUGAUGACUGACACGAUCCAAUUGGUCGUUUCUCUUGAGCCAUUCUGGAGGGUCAUCUCUGAAGUGCCUUUAGACGUUGCAAUUUCGGAUCUCCUCUUCAGAGGACUUUUGUCAACAAAGACGGCUCCCUCUACUCUUUGGAUGUACGAGACAUUUGCGACUGCAUAUGCAGACUGGCUGAGCGCGGAUAACAAGCUUGUGGUUAUGGUUCUUCUUCUCAAUGCAGCGCUUGUGGAGAUGGGUGAGCAAGGGCGAUGCCGAGCUGUCAUCAGAUUCAUCGAGAAUUGUGGGUUCGCUCUGAAUGACAUCAGUGCGGUGUUUACUGCCCACGAGGAAGGGCUUUAUCGACCAGGAGGUGCGGGCGCUCGUCAACCAUCAAAGCAAGCUGGUGAGAAGGCAACAGUUCCUAUCCCGUCGUCGGAAGGGUCUGCUGAUAAUACAAAGCCGAGUUUUGCCAGCAAGGGAAGUGCUGAAGGGGGCCAGGAAAAUGCAUCAAAAGCAGAGGAUGGGGGGAAAGCAGGCAACAAUGGGAGCACAACAGAAUGGACAGAGCAUGAACGCCAUGAUGGCGUCUCACAGACAGCUACGCAGGAGCCGAGCUCGUCAAGGCGUGUCUCCCGCCGUGAUAUGUUGCCAGGCCCAAUCGGCGCAUAUUCUGCUGAUGGCUACCAAUUUUUUGACGAUUUCUUUGAUGCCUUCUCACUUGUUUUUCCAAGCGAGGAGGUGUGGACUUUUGCACUGAAAUCUGUUAUAGCCCUUAUUGUACGGGGCCAGCAGCUUUGGAGGGCUCCCUUCAUGAAGCUCCUUCGGUCACUUCUGCUAUAUCACGUGCAUGCAUGGAGUGAGGAGCACUUUGGUAUGGUGGCAGACAUGCUGGUUCAGAUAUCAUCGGUUGAAGGUACGGAAAUCGAAGAAGGCAUGAAGCAGAAGGGGAGUGCUGUCAGGGAAGACCCUGCCCUCGUUAGUGCGAAGGAAGACAUUCGGGCAAUUAUUGUGGAGUGUGCAUCCUUCUCUGUGUCCCAGCGUGUUGUUGAUGCUCUGCAUAUCUGCUUGGAGAUGGAUCGGCUGAAAAAAGAAGGAAGCCCUGGUGAGCUCAGGGGUUCGUUCAGGAAGUCCUUCAGCUUUCCAAAGAACAGAGGAAGCUCAGCUUUUGAAGGGUAUGAACAUCAGUCUACACCUUCCAUUGCCGACGAGCUGUUCCCGGGAUAUUCGUUUGGAGAUCCUGAGAUUGGGGUACUCAAGGAUUGGGCCGGGAGGUGGUUUUUGGAGUACAUUCUUCCGCGCCGGCUGGGAGGCAGUGGUGAGGAAGAUAUCCAAAGAGACUUGCGAUCAGAUGAUACAUCAGGCACUGUUAAGAGGGAAGGAACGAGCUCUCCAAAGAAUGCAGCGGGCUCGACUGUGAAAACUUCUGAAGAUUUUGGAAGAACCAAUGAUGCAAAACAGGAGGCACAGGAUGAGGGAAUGGUGGAAGAUAAAGUUGGCAAAAUUCCUUGUCCUUCGGCAGAGGUGGACGAUGGACUUUGGGGAACUGUGAAGAUGGACAUGGAGGAGAUAGGUGACAAGGAUGACAAGGCAGUCAACACGAAGCUGCCACAGCCAUGUGAGGAGAGAGCUCUUGAGGAGGCAAGCUUUGCCAUUGAGAAGCUACGACCGAAAUCGGACACUGUUGAUCAUGUAUCACGAGCAGAAGUAAUGCGUGCAAAACAGCAAUAUGCAGCUCCUGUGGAGGCAGAGGAGGAAGAAGAUGAGCACGAGCGCAGCAAAAAGAUAGAGAUGGUGCGUGGGAUGUUGGAGAGAGGGGAGCGGAUGGAUGAUAGCAAGGCAGCUAGCACAGGCACAGGCACCGAAACAACGACAAGAACACUGCAGGGGCAUGAGGUAAGGGCUCGAGAGAUCUCAUCGCCAGAGGUAGCAGAGGGAGUGUCUGGGGUAGAAAAAGCCGCCCUGGCUGUCGAGAAGGAACACAAUGAGGAAGCCUCAGGAAGGGUUGAGAAGGGCAUACAUACCGCUGAGGAGGAAGAAGAUUAUAAGGAUGAUGCAGCAGCAAGAGAUUCUUCAGAUGAGUCGGAUGACGAGGGACUUGAACAUGAGACUGGCCGCCGAGAAUCUUUGGUCGUCGAAGUCAAAGAGGUGACCCUGGGACGGAGAGAAAAGAUAACCUUGUCGGAACAACCUGCAAAUGAAAUGCCCCUUCCUGUGGAGGAGGCCCAAAAGAGUGGUGUUGAAAACAUGGGUGUUAGCAGCAAACCUGUGGCUGAUGAUGAUGGGUUUGGGCAGGAGAUUGGGGAUGAAGAAGCAGGUAUGGUGGGUAGGCAAAGAGUGGCCAAUGAUGACGGCUCCGAGAAGGAGGAUGAGUCAUCUGAUGAUGAUGACACCGAGUUGCAGUCAUUGGUGGAACGACUGGAGCUGGACGAGUCAGAGAACGAGGACGAUUCUGCGGAGGUUCAACAGCGGGUGGAGAGACUGAUGAUGAGUGUCCGCGGCUCCAUGAACUUCGAGGAAAAUGAUCUCAUUGAAGAGGACUUCGACGAGGAGGCAAAUGUGGAAAGAGGAGGAACUGAAGAGGGCUCAAGUGCGGUUGAGCAUGAUACAGAAGAAAUGUGGAAUGAUAGAAACAGAGAACUGGUUGAGGGAGAAGAGAUACAAGGGGAGGAAAGGGAAGCGGAGCUGGUAGAGGAUGUGGCAGAGUACGAGGGAGAGGGAGAAAUGAAUAUCGGAAUGGGUGCUGUCAGAGACCAGAGAUGCAAAGGGGAAGAUGGACGUCCCACACAACAAGACGAGGCCAGCAAUGUCAUUUCAGGGACAGAAUUACAGAAUGCGGAUGAAGAGGAGGUAGAGGGAUCUUUGGUAGCAGCAUCAGGAGAUAGGCAUGCACUUGCUGAAGAGGAGACUGAAGUUUUAGCAGAGAGGGAGAUGUCGGAGAGUGUGGAGGCAACGGAUGUGAAAACAAAGCAGGAGGAGCCAAGGCGCACACAGCUGCCUUUGAUGGUACAGCGGGCUAAUGCAAUUAAUGCGAUCAUCGAGGAACAGCGGCUACGGAUGAGCCCAACACGUGAGGAGUUUGACCGUAGAUACGGAAGGCAGCUGCUUGAUGGACUCGGAAGAACAGGAAGUACAGGUGAGGAUGGCUUGUUUGGUAGGCCACGCCCCAUGGCAUCAAUUGGGUUUGGCUAUCGCCUAGGAUUCACUCUUGAUGUGAAGAUCAAGAAACCAACUAUCAAGAAAGGGGAAGAGGAGAAGAGUGAGGCAGAGACAGAUGUUUCUGAGACUGGAGAUAUGCCAGAGGAUGUUUUUGACGAAGACAGCAGCAAGCUUCCCAUGUCUCCUUUGCCACAGGAGACUGAGGUGGAGGAUGACGAGGAGAGUUCGGAUGGUGAAGACAUGAGAUCUGAGUUCUAUGAUGAUGAAUCGGUGCAGGAGGAGUCGGCAUGGGGAGCAGCAGGGGGAAGGGGACAUGAUCGAGGCUUCUCCGUAGGGAGCCCAUUCGAGGGGUUGUACAUAGAUCAAUUGCAGGAGAUGGAGGUGGAGAACAGGACAAGGGGAGCUGCCGGCACGGACUUUGGACAUCUACAGGUGGAGAUUGACAGAAGUGGGCCUCUUGAGCACCGACUUAUGAUGCCACUGAAGUUCCCUGUGAAUCAAAUUGACAGACUCAAGAAUGACUGGAAUGCGCCCUCUCCUGGAGCACGUGAGAAAUCAGGUGUCAAGUUUGGUGUUGGUGGCUUUUAUGGUAUGUGGGGUGGUGGAGUCGAUGCGGAUAUGAAAGAGAGUGAGUCGUCCAGCAAUCGCUCAUCCAUUGGCGACGGCAAUGCUGCACAUGUGCCGGAGCACAAGCGGGCAAACAGCUUCUCCAGUGAAGGAAGCUCUACGAGUGGUGACCCUGAAGAUGGAGGAACUGGGGUGGUUGGAGAUGGCAGAGGUUUGCCUCAGGCAAAUGAGCCACACACAUUCAUUUUCAGACCAGGGGAUAGAGGGUAUGGACGAGAGCCAGAGCGUGGACCCAUGGACACGAGUAUGCUUCAGAGUUGGGCUGACGAGGAUGAACAACAACAUCAUUCAUUAAGAUCUUCUCCUGGCUUUGGCGUUGACAGGGAUUCAUUUGCCAAAGCUGACGAGGAAAGACAAGGCUCGGGCCGGAGGCCUGUGUUUGAACGGGGACGAUCCAGUCUUUUACGAAGGUGGCUUGGUUGAUCAAUUGAGUAUAGGAAGAUGCGGAGAGAUUCUUUUUCAUUUUGUGUUUCCGCGGAGGGGACAGGGAGGAGGAGGUUACCAACGAUAUCAGAACUGUGUUGUGUGUAGAGCAUCUUGUUCGAGGAAGGAAAGAAGGCUGUGCCAUUGCAUCUGGCCUAUUGGAACUUCGGUUGCUCAGCCAUCUGUGUGCUGCAAAGAGCGCAUGGGCCUCUUUGGGCAGGGCAAAGGCGGUUUCUCUUCUCCCUUACACUGGAAUUCUGGCACCCAUCUCAUGCAUCUGAGCUUGUUACAGCUUUAUGUGUGUUGUGGGUCGAUUUGAGAGAGAGGAGGAGAAGAGGGGGGAGGGAGGGGGAGGGGGGGCGGAGAGUGAGAGAAAGUGAGAUAGAUAGAUAGAUAGAUAGAGAGAGAGAGAGAGAGAGAGAGAGAGAGAGAGAGAGAGAGAGAGAGAGAAAGUGAGAGAGAGAGAGAGAGAGAGAGAGAGAGAGAGAGAGAGAGAGAGAGAGAGAGAGAGAGAGAGAGAGAGAGAAGGGGAGGGGGGAGGAAAUGAGAGAGGACAAUGUUGAGAGGACUCAGAUAUGGUUUCCUGUAUUUGUAUUCCUCGGUAGUACUCGUAGCAAUUCUUUUAGGGAGUAGUUCUAGAUACAUUUUUAUUUAAAGACAUUUUCCUGUUCGUAAAUGGAUUCUUUAAUUUCUUUUCUAUUUUCCAGUUUGUAGCCAUUAGAGGAAUGAGUUUGAUCAGCCAGCACUAAAGGGAUCUUGUAUUUCUAGGGGUGCCCUGCAUGAAGGGCUUUGCCUUCCGGUUAAGGCAUAAAGAUACACAUUUGGUUGGCAUAUUACUACAGUCCCCAGUUACUUUCCAUGCUGCCUGCCUUUGUUGCUGUUCGUCCUAACUUUUCUAUUAUAAGUUCUACCGACCGUGUUAAUCGUUGAAAUUCUUUGUCACAUUACAAAAUGGCUGGUCUGUUUACCUUACACAUGACCGUGCUCACGCACUCUGGAGUCUGGAUCAAUCUCCAUCUUCUCCUCCUAUGCCCGCCAUUAGUUUUCUUUCUCUCUUCUGCAUUGCUCUCUGAGUGUCCAUCUCGAGUAAAUGCGGCUGUGAAUG